ACCCAGGCGGAAGUGUGUGGUCGGAUCCAAAAUGGCGGAGAACUGGAGCGAGUUGCAGCUGAAGAGGCUGAUGUCGGUGAAGAAGAGGAACCGGAGCGUUUAACAGCGUCAGAACCGUCAACGGGCGGCAGCAGCGGGAUUACCGGGCAGUGUACGCCGCAGUCAGGAGGGUCUCCGGUAGAUGGUGUGGCGAUGGCGGAGCGGCGGGCGGAGUGCACGUGGAAGAGACACAUCUCAGACCAGCUGAAGCUCAGAGACCGAGUCCAGAGACAGGCCUUUGAGGAGAUCGUCCUCCAGUAUAACCGUCUCCUGGAGAAGUCCGACCUGCAGGCUGUUCUUUCAGAGAGAUACCAGACGGACAAGUAUGACGUCCAGAGAGGACACGAGACCAGCUCGGCGGCAGACUGGAGCCGCAGCGACGUGCUGCAGCAGGAAAUGUCUCAGAUGAGAAUCAAACACCAGGAGGAACUGACGGAGCUGCACAAGAAACGAGGAGAGCUGGCUCAGAGUGUGAUCGAACUCAACAACCAGAUCCAACAGAAGGACAAAGAGAUCCAGAGCAAUGAGGCCAAAAUGAUGGAGUACCAGCAGCAGAUCUCAAGUCUGGAGGGAGAGUGCCGAGAGCUGAGGAGCUACCUGCAGGACCUGGAGAGGGCCAACCAGACGCUGAAGGACGAGUACGACGCUCUGCAGAUCACCUUCUCUGCUCUGGAGGAGAAACUGAGGAAGACCACCGAGGACAACCAGGAGCUGGUGUCCCGCUGGAUGGCCGAGAAGGCUCAGGAGGCCAACAAGCUCAACGCCGAGAACGAGAAGGACAGCAGACGCAGACAGGCUAAGCUGCAGAAGGAACUGGCCGAUGCCGCCAAAGAGCCUCUGCCCAUCGACCCGGACGAUGACAUCGAGGUCCUGGCAGAGGAUGGAGGGAAGGGCGGCGGAGAGACCUCACCCAACAGGGCGCUCAGCAGGACUCCCAGUAAGAAGAUGUCCCAGCCUCCUCCUGGUGGUCUCUUGGACUCCAUCUCCAACAUCUUUGGCGUGUCUGAGUGUGUCCAGCCUGGACUCGUCCCACCACUCUCCAGCAGGCGUCGAACAGCCAACUCCUUCAGCACGUCACCUGAAAACACUGAGGCCCCCUCAGGAGUGUGUGCGGAGGUUCGAGUCCCCUCAACAGCUCUCCACGUGUUUGAAGCUCACGACGGUGAGGUGAACGCAGUGAGGUUCAGCCCCGGCUCUCGUCUCCUAGCAACGGGAGGGAUGGACCGCAGGGUGAAGCUGUGGGAGGUGGUGGCCGGUCGCUGUGAGCCUAAAGGAGCUCUGACUGGCAGUAACGCUGGAAUCACCAGCAUUGAGUUCGACAGCGCUGGAUCGUACCUGCUGGCAGCGUCAAACGACUUUGCCAGUCGUAUCUGGACUGUGGAUGACUACAGACUGAGGCACACCUUGACAGGUCACAGCGGGAAGGUGCUGUCAGCUCGAUUCCUAUUGGACAACACUCGAAUCGUCUCCGGGAGCUACGAUCGAACACUCAAACUGUGGGACCUUCGCAACAAAGUCUGUACCAAGACGGUGUUCGCUGGUUCCAGCUGUAAUGACAUCGUGUGCACGGAGCAGUGCGUCAUGAGCGGACACUUUGACAAGAAAGUUCGAUUCUGGGACAUCAGAGCGGAGAGUAUAGUGAAGGAACUGGAGCUGCUGGGCAGAGUCACAUCUCUGGACCUGAACCACGACCGCUCCGAGCUGCUCACCUGCUCUAGAGACGACCUGGUGAAGAUCAUCGACCUGCGCACCAACGCCGUCAGACAGACCUUCAGUGCUCAGGGUUUCAAGUGUGGAGCCGACUGGACCAGAGUCACCUUCAGUCCUGAUGGCAGCUACGUGGCCGGAGGAUCAGCUGACGGAGCUCUGUACAUCUGGAAUGUUGUGACGGGGAAAGUGGACCGGACUCUGGACCGCAACCAUAACUCUGCCAUCAACUCAGUGUCGUGGUCGCCGUCGGGAGCGUACGUCGCCAGUGUGGAGAAAGGCAGCAAGGCCAUCCUGUGGUCGGACAUGUGACUGGCUGAGGGACCUGCUGCUGCUGCUGAUGAUGAUCAUGAUGAUGAUGAUGAUGAAGGGACUGUGGACAGGUGGAGACAGAGAGGACGAUGAAGGGUGUGACGGACUCCUUGUUGUUGAACUCAGACAGACUGAUGGGGACUGAGUGGACUCUGCCGUCACGUUUACGUUUUAGAGCUUUUAACAAACUGCCGUCUUCAUCCAGCCGGAGGUGAAAGGGUUAAUAAUAAAGUCUUCAUGUCCAGCCCGAGGUGUCUGUCUGUCUGUCUGUCUUACCUAAAUCACAUCUGCACCGUCACUUCCUGUUUACUUCCUGUUGUGUGUCUGAAGGUUCCUGAUGCGUCCAGCAGGUGUCUCUGUCACACAGGUGUGAUGAUGUCACAUCCUGGCCUGCAGCUCUGAGGAUGGACCAGUCACUGAAGGGUUAGAAUCAUCACAACACAAUCAUAAAAAAGAGUCAGUAUGAAGGCACUGUUGGCUGCUCAGAGGAAACACUUAAAACAAACAGGAUGUUCAACAAACAAACAAACAGAUGUUCAACAAACAAACAAACAAGCAGGAUGUUCAACAAACAGGAUGUUCAACAAACAGGAUGUUCAACAAACAAACAGGAUGUUCAAGGAUUAUAAAGGACGACAAAAUAAAAACAUCAAACAAAAAGUCUUAAAGCUGUAGAAUCUCUUAUCUUAAAUUAAAGCCUUCAUUGAUUUUAUAAUGUCUCAUAUCGUAUAAUCCCACAUGUGACAGAGGAUUUUUGAAUGUUUUUCUUGAUGUUGUGUUUUUGAACCUUAACAGCUUUUUUCUUAUUUUUCAAAAUAUAAUUUACCAAACGCCUCUCAGAAUUAUAUCACUGACUAAUCAUAUUUUAUGUUUUUUUUUUAAUAUUUUGCAAAGUCGUCUCUGACACUGAAAAAACUUUUAUUUCCCUCAGUAAUGUUUAUUUAAAAACUGCUCUUUAUUCAGAGUGGCAUUAAAAAUCUGAGAACAAACUGAAAAGUUUCAGACGAACAGAAUUAUAAGAAAUAAUCAGUAUGAAACAUGUAAAUAAAAUAAAAUAUAAAUGUGCCUCAUGUUAAAGUGUUUCAACACGUCAGGACUGAAGAUACUGAAAAUAUAAAAAUAUAUAAUCACUUUGCUCAGGCUGAACAAUAUAUUCCUCAAAAACUUGGUCCCUUAACUUAAGUCACCAGAGUUUAGUGUGAUUAAUAAACUAAACAAAAAUAAACUUUAAAGUUCUCAGUUGAGAGAGAGAGAGAGAGAGAGAGAGCGCUGAUGUCAGUAGACAGACUGCUGAGUCAGACUGACAAACUUAAUCGGCUCAGCAGAGACACAAACACGUCUGUUGAUGGGACACUCACACUGUCAGACUCACAUCAAUCAUUAUUGAUUAUUAAUAAUGUGAACACACUCAAACUUAAUUAAAAGCUGAAAAUCAAAGAAAUCUGAUCAACAGCUUUAGACCUCACAAAACACCUUAAGUUUUCAAGGUUUUACUUAAAAGCCUUAAAUCUAAAAAUUACCCUUAAGUUUUCCUUAAAAUUCAACCUAGGAAUUUAAGUUUUUUUCCUGAUUUCGAUCUUAUAAUUAAGGGAGCCUUCGAAGUUAGUUUAACUAAAAACAUUCUUAAAGACCAAGUUAAGGUUUUCCCUUAAGUUAUAAUUCGAAGGAAAACUUACGGAGAACACUUGAGAAUUUAAGGAUCUCCUUGUCUAUAAUUAAGGAAUCCCUUAAAUGUAGUUUAACCAUUGUAUAAAGACCUUAGAUAUCACAAGCACAGACAAGUGGUCAUCAUGGUAACAGUCGAAUAUUACUGCUGUAAAAUGUUCGAUUGCACUAAAUGGCUGAACAUUUUCCCUUAGCUAAGGAAACCUAAGGGAUUCUGUACAGCAUCCUUCAGUAAGUCCCUCAGCUAAGGAGAAAUUAAGCCUUAAGUGUCAUAGCUAAGGAGAAAACUGACCGUUGUCAUGAUGAAGAGUUAAAAUGUUUCUACUUUCUUGUCUUCAUCGCAGCAGAUCUUUGUCUCUAUACAGAUAUCGUCAGCUCACCUCCACAUGCGGCAACAGUUCUGUAACUGACCUCCUGAAGAGGGGCAGGUGCUGGGUGGGUGUGGGGAGACUCACGAGCCCUGGGCCGAGCACCACCGUGUUGAAACUGUGUAGAAGCCGUGUCGGAGCUGUGUAGAAGCUUUGUCGCAGCUGUGUAGAAGCUUUGUCGCAGCUGUGUCGAAGCCGUGUCGGAGCUGUGUAGAAGCUUUGUCGCAGCUGUGUCGAAGCUGUGUCGGAGCUGUGUAGAAGCUAUGACAGAGCUAUGUUGUAGCUGUGUCGAAGCUAUGACGGGGCUAUGUUGUAGCUGUGUCGAAGCUAUGACGGAGCUAUGUCGAAGCUAUGUCGAAGCCGUGUCGGAGCUGUGUAGAAGCUAUGACGGAGCUAUGUUGUAGCUGUGUUGUAGCUGUGUCGAAGCUAUGACGGAGCUAUGUUGUAGCUGUGUCGUAGCUGUGUAGAAGCUAUGACGGAGCUGUGUCAAAGCUAUGUCGGAGCUGUGUCGAAGCCGUGUCGGAGCUGUGUAGAAGUUUUGUCGCAGCCGUGUCGAAGCCGUGUCGGAGCUGUGUAGAAGCUAUGUCGGAGCCGGGUAGAAGCUUUGUCGCAGCUGUGUCGAAGCCGUGUCAGAGCUGUGUAGAAGCUAUGACGGAGCUAUGUAGAAGCUAUGAUGGAGCUUUGUAGAAGCCGUGUCGGAACUGUGUAGAAGCUAUAACGGAGCUGUGUAGAAGCUAUAACGGAGCUGUGUAGAAGCUGUGUCGGAGCUGUGUAGAAGCCAUGACGGAGCUGUGUCGGAGCUGUGUAGAAGCUGUGUCGGAGCUGUGUAGAAGCUAUGACGGAGCUUUGUAGAAGCUGUGUCGGAGCUUUGUUGAAGCUAUGUCGUAGCUAUGUUGUAGCUGUGUCGUAGCUGUGCAGAAGCUAUGACGGAGCUGUGUAGAAGCUGUGUCGAAGCUAUGUCGUAGCUGUGUAGAAGCUGUGUAGAAGCUAUGACUGAGCUGUGUAGAAGCUGUGUAGAAGCUAUGACUGAGCUGUGUAGAAGCUGUGUCGGAGCUGUAUAGAAGCUAUGAUGGAGCUUUGUAGAAGCUGUGUUGAAGCUAUAUUGUAGCUAUGUUGUAGCUGUGUAGAAGCUAUGACUGAGCUGUGUAGAAGCUGUGUCGAAGCUGUGUAGAAGUUGUGUAGAAGCUGUGACGGAGCUGUAUAGAAGCUAUGACGGAAUUGUGUAGCAGCCGUGUCGGAGCUGUGUCGGAGCUGUGUAGAAGCUAUGACAGAGCUGUGUUGAAGCUAUGUUGUAGCUAUGUUGUAGCUGUGUAGAAGCUAUGACAGAGCUGUGUCGAAGCUAUGCUGUAGCUGUGUCGGAGCUGUGUAGAAGCUAUGACUGAGCUGUGUAGAAGCUGUGUCGGAGCUGUGUAGAAGCUAUGACGGAGCUGUGUCGGAGCUGUGUAGAAGCUGUGUAGAAGCUGUGUCGGAGCUCUGUAGAAGCUAUGACAGAGUUGUGUCGAAGCUAUGUCGCCUUGUUGUGACUGAGUUGCUUAGAGCAGGUCUCUUGACUGGUGUUGAUUUUUAUGCACCUAACAGCAGUUUGGAGUACCUGGCCUUCAUGGAGUCAUUGGGAGGUGUCCUGGAAGCGGUGCUGGCUGGGGACUCAACUGGGGGACUUUGACGCUCAUGUGGGCAAUGACGGAGAUGGUGUUUUGUUAUUGGACUUCUGUGUCAGUCAUGGCUCGGCCAUAAUGAACACCAUGUUUGAGCACGAGAGGUUCCUGAGUGUACCUGGUACCAGAACACUGUAGUCAAAGAUCAGUGAUCGACUUUAUGGUAAUAUCUUCAGAUCCGCGGCUGUAUGUCUCAGACACUCGGGUGAAGAGAGGAGUAGAGCUGUCAGCUGAUCACCACCCGGUGGUGAGUUGGAUCAGUUGGCGGGGGAGGCUGCAGGACGUAGCUGGUAAACCCAAACGGUGUUGGACUUAUCAAGCAUUUAUUGAGAGCCUUGUGUGUUUUUCUUUUAUUUGCUGGUUUCAUUGUCUUUCAGUUAAAGACAGAAACAUCCUGACCAGUACUGUUAAGUCCUGCUCUAAGAUUAUCGGAGUGAAAUUACGAGGCUUAAGUUCCUUCUGCAACCAGCAAAUCCUCCAAAAAGCAGGGUGCAUUUUAGCCUCCCCGACUCAUGUUCUUGCAAGUGAAUUCUCUCUGUUGCCUUCAGGAUGCCACUAUCCUACCUGUGUGUAAAACAAAAUCUUUUUUUUUUCUUUUUUUUUAGGCUAUCAUAGGCUCUUUCAUAUGAUGUUGUCUGAUGUCUGAUGUACUUAUUAUUUAUUGUGUGCCAUGUAGGCUACAUGUAUCACAACAACCUGCUGCUCAUAACUAAUUGCCCCUUGUGGGAUUAAUAAAGUUGUUUGAAUUGAA